UCUUAGUUUCUAUCAUUUCCAAGCUUUGUUCCUCUAUAAAUUACAAACUUCCUUCUUUUCCUAUCAGCUGUUCCUUAAUACUGAAUUUAGUCAUUACUAAGCUAAACUUCUCUCAGUAAACCUCUGUUUAUUAAUACUCUCUUUCAAUAAACUCCCCACAUCAUCAGUACAUUUUCACUUUGUCUUCGAACAAUGGCGGUUAGCUUACUAAAACAGGCUGACAUUUCCAUGACACAAAAAUGGCAAGAUAUGAAAGAGAAUAAAAGUAGCAGUAACCAAAGAAGUAAAGCUUGGACAGAAACAAAGUCAGUGAAAACAGAUAAAAAAGUUCCAGUGGUUUACUAUCUUUCAAGGAAUAACCAGCUUGACCAUCCUCAUUUCAUGGUGGUCCGUCUCUCUUCGCCCCAAGGACUCUAUCUCAAAGAUGUGAUAAGUAAGUUGAGUUCUCUUAGAGGUCAAGGCAUAGCCACCAUGUAUUCCUGGUCUUCCAAGAGGAGCUACAAGAACGGGUUUGUAUGGCAGGACUUAUCCGAUAAUGAUUUCAUAUAUCCAUGCCAAGGCCAUGAGUACGUUAUAAAAGGAUCACAACUGCUUGAAUCUUCUUUGAGCUUCAGGUCUUUCGAAAGCACAGUCUCAUCAAACUCAUCAUCGUCUUCAUCCUCAUUAAUUUCCCGGGAAACAGGCAGUCCUGUUGAGGAACAUUCCAAUGUUGAUCCAGCCAUUAUCAUCAGAAGAAAAAAUCAGUCAUGGAGCUCAUUUGAUGGCCUUGGAGAAUACCAAGUCUACAAGCCUAAAAUCACCAAAGAACUUGCUUCAAAAGGUACCAACGUCUCUACUCAAACUGAUGAGAAGGUCAGGCCAAGAAAAUCAAGACUUAGUGAGGUUUCUGGGCCUGAAAGGAAUGGUGAGUUGGAGAGCUCCCCAAAGGAGUUUGAAGGGUCUAGGAAGGAUCAGACAGUUGAGAAUGGUUGUGAAUGUGGGAAGACAAAGGCCUCAACGGUUCUGAUGCAAUUGAUCACUUGUGGCUCCACAAAAAUCAAAGACUCCGGGCCAAUAAAAAGCAAAGACUAAGAAGAUGAGCAUUGAUAGAGUAAAAAUCAAGGCACCUCCUUCUCAUCAAUCUAAUGGAAACUUCAAGAAUUCAAAUGUGGGAAGAAGAAAAAAAUGUUUUAGUACAUCAGAGUUUGAACACACCCUAGGUCUUAAGUGGUGUUAUGAAGCUUAGCUAGAAAAAGUAUUUUGUUUUCUUUUAAUAAACAAGAAUUAAUAACUACAUUUUGUGCUAUGUUAUACAAAGAUACGA